CCUGCUGUUGCCUUGAUUUUCUUGUCUUUUUUUCAUUUUAUUUUUUUACUCGCGAGCAGCGCUUUCGAUAGCGCAUCCAAUGGUCUUCGGAAGGACGCAGCUGUUUUUAUAGAAUAGGUGGAGCUCUGAGAUGCCGCCCCUCCUGCAGCCCCAUGGGGCCCUGCUCCUCCCGCUGAUGCUCUACCUGCUGGGGGGCGCGACCGCCCUCAACCUGGAGGACCCCAACGUCUGCAGCCACUGGGAGAGCUAUUCGGUGACGGUGCAGGAGUCCUACGCCCACCCCUUCGACCAGAUCUACUACACCAGCUGUGCAGACAUCCUCAACUGGUUCAAGUGCACGCGGCACAGGGUGAGCUACCGCACGGCGUACCGCCGCGGGGAGAAGACCAUGUACCGCCGCAAGUCCCAGUGCUGCCCCGGCUUCUACGAGAGCGGAGAGACGUGCGCCCCGCACUGCGCGGAGAAGUGUGUUCACGGCCGCUGUGUGGCCCCCGGCUCCUGCCAGUGUGAGCCGGGCUGGGGGGGCCCCGACUGCUCCAGCGCUUGCGACAGCAGCCACUGGGGCCCCCACUGCAGCAGCCGGUGCCAGUGUAAGAACGGGGCGCUGUGUAACCCCAUCACGGGGGCGUGCCUGUGCCAGCCGGGGUACCGGGGCUGGCGGUGUGAGGAGGCCUGCGGGGCGGGGUCCUACGGCCACAGCUGCCAGCAGCGCUGCCAGUGCCAGAACGGAGCGGCCUGCCACCACGCCACCGGGGAGUGCCGCUGUGAGCCCGGCUACACCGGGGCCUUCUGUGAGGAGCGCUGCCCCCCAGGGAAGCAUGGGCAGCAGUGUGAGGAGCGCUGCCCCUGCCAGAACGGGGGAGUCUGCCACCACGUCACCGGGGACUGCACCUGCCCCCCCGGCUGGAUGGGCACAGUGUGUGGACAGCCCUGUCCUGAGGGCCGUUUUGGGAGGAACUGCUCCCAGGAGUGCCAGUGCCACAACGGGGGCACCUGUGUGUCCUCAACGGGCCAGUGCCUGUGCAGCCCGGGGUACACCGGAGAGAGGUGCCAGGACGAGUGCCCGGUCGGCACGUUUGGCGUGGGCUGUGGCCAGACGUGUCGCUGUCAGAACGGCGCCAAGUGCUACCACAUCAGCGGGGCGUGUGUGUGUGAGCCUGGCCACACCGGGGAGUUCUGCGAGGUCCGACUCUGUCCCGAGGGCUCCUACGGCCGGCGCUGUGAACGGAGCUGCCCCUGCCGCGCCCAGAACACGCACAGCUGCCACCCCAUGUCGGGGGAGUGUUCCUGCCGACCCGGCUGGUCGGGGCUGUACUGUAAUGAGACCUGCGCCCCGGGGUUUUUCGGGGAGUCCUGCCAGCAGGUGUGCCGGUGUCAGAACGGGGCGGACUGCCGCAGCGUGAGCGGGGAGUGCGUCUGCGCCCCGGGGUUCAAGGGCCCUGACUGCUCCACGCCCUGCCCCGGCGGGACCUACGGGGCCAACUGCUCCUCCCCCUGCGGCUGUAAGAACGGAGCCGUCUGCUCACCUGUGGACGGAGCCUGCACCUGCAGAGCAGGGUGGUACGGGGUAGAUUGCUCCAUUAAUUGCCCCAGUGGUACCUGGGGGCUGGGCUGUAACCUCACCUGUCAGUGUGGGAACGGGGGGGCCUGCAACGCCCUCAACGGCCACUGCACCUGUGCACCCGGGUGGAGAGGAGAGAAGUGUGAACUGCACUGCCAGGACGGGACCUAUGGUAUGGACUGCAGGGAGAGGUGUGACUGUAGCCAUGCCGACGGCUGCCACCCUGCCACAGGCUUCUGCCGCUGUCUACCUGGCUGGACAGGUAUCCACUGUGACAGUGUGUGUGCAGAGGGACGUUGGGGUCCUAACUGCUCUCUCCCGUGUGACUGUAAGAACGGGGCGUCCUGCUCGCCUGACGAGGGCACCUGUGAGUGUGCACCUGGGUACAGAGGAACCACCUGCCAGCGCAUCUGUUCCCCGGGGUACUUCGGGCACCGCUGCAGUCAGGCGUGCCCGCAGUGUGUCCAUAGCAACGGGCCCUGUCACCACGUCAGCGGCCAGUGUGACUGUCUGCCGGGGUUCAAAGGAGCGCUCUGCAACGAGGUGUGCCCCAGCGGCAGGUUUGGUAAAGGCUGUGUGGGGGUGUGCACCUGCACCAAUAACGGCACCUGUAACCCCAUCGACGGGUCCUGCCAGUGCUACCCCGGCUGGAUCGGCAGCGACUGCUCCCAGCCCUGCCCCCCGGGUCAGUGGGGGCCCAACUGCCUCCACACCUGCAACUGCCACAACGGGGCCUUCUGCAGCGCGUAUGAUGGAGAGUGCAAGUGUACCCCGGGGUGGACCGGCCUGUACUGCACUCAGCGUUGUCCGCUGGGUUACCAUGGCAAGGACUGCUCUCUGGCCUGCCAGUGCCAGAACGGGGCGGACUGCGACCACAUCUCGGGCCAGUGCACCUGCAGGACCGGGUUCAUGGGCCGCCGCUGCGAGUACAAGUGUCCCUCGGGUUCCUAUGGUUACGGCUGCCGCCAGGUGUGUGACUGCCUGAACAACUCCACCUGCGAUCACAUGACCGGCACCUGCUACUGCAGCCCGGGAUGGAAGGGCGCCCGGUGUGACCAAGCCGGAGUGGUUGUCGUGGGAAACCUGAACAGCCUGACCAGCGCGGCCGUCCCGGUGAACUCGUACCAGAUCGGCGCCAUCGCGGGCAUCGUGGUCCUGGUGCUGCUCCUGCUCUUCCUCCUCCUCCUCUUCAUCGUCUACAGGAAGAAGCAGAAGGGCAAGGAGCCCGCCAUGCCCGCCGUCACCUACACCCCCGCCAUGCGCAGCAUCACCGGAGACUACGCCAUCGCAGAAACGCUCCCCCAGACGACCGACGGCCCCCCCAACAGCAACUACUUCUCCAACCCCAGCUACCACACCCUGACCCAGUGCGCCAGCCUGCCACACCCCAACAACAUCCCCUACGGCAAGGCGAAGAAUAACCAGCUGCAGGUGGGCGUGAGGAGUGGGGACGCGAGGCCCCGGGCCCCGAGGGACCACACCGGCACGCUGCCCGCCGACUGGAAGCAGGGCGGCUGCUUCAAUGAGCUGGGAGCGUUCGGCAUUGACAGGCGCUACAUGGGGAAGUCGCUCAGAGACCUGGUGAAGGGCGCUCCGUACUACGCCAGCUCCUGCUCACUGAACAGCUCGGAGAACCCGUACGCCACCAUAAAGGACCCGCCCCUCCUCGUCCCCAAGAACACCGAGUGCGGCUACGUGGAGAUGAAGUCCCCAGCACGGCGAGACUCCUACACCGAGAUACACAACGUCGCCCUCCCCGCCAACAAGAACGUCUACGAAGUCGAGCCACCGUUAACGUGGUCCACUCGCCCACCCAACAACAACAACAACAGCGCCCCCUUUGGCCGGCCGUAUGACCUCCCAAAGAACAGCCACAUCCCCUUCCACUACGACAUCCUGCCCGCAGCGGGAGAGCCCCUCCCCGUCCAGCGAAUGAGCUCGCAGAGACACACAGACCACGCCCCCUUGCACGAGCCUGACCAAUGGGCUUGCUGCGCUGCGAUCUGACCACUUGCUGCAUAUCUAUUCACCUUUUGUAUCAAUAGUUUUUUUUUUAUAACUUUUUAUUUUUUCCUAUCGCUAUAAUCAUUUUUAAUAUUGCUUUUCUGAGAAGAACUGCGUCUUCGUCACCUAAAUUCCCACUCUGAAGGUCUCGUUUACGAUGGAUUUAAGAGAAGAAAUCUGAUCAUUCACUGUGUUCAUACCUGUAGAGCAUGAGGAGUACUCUUUUGUACUUCAAGAUACAAUAAUUUCACAAUACAUUCAUUUCACGAUACAUUCAUUUCACGAUACAUUCAUUUCACAAUACAUUCAUUUCACAAUACAUUCAUUUCACAAUACAUUCAUUUCAAGAUACAUUCAUUUCACAAUACAUUCAUUUCACAAUACAACUUCAUAGACGGCACAUAAUCUUCUUCACAUAUUCAAGUCAUUCUACUCCUAGAACAUAUAUAUACACAUAUCACUUACUAGAGUACAAGCAAACCUCAAUUUAUUUUUGUAAGGAUUAAAUCAACAUAUACGGUCCUA